UCUCUGAAGAGUGGGCUGAAGGCAUUUUAUUUCAAACCCCUAACUGAUGUAACCCAAGUUCGACUUCCAAUUCCGUUGCAUAGUAUAAGUCAGAGAACGGUGGUUAGAGUGAGCAUUUUUGCGAGCGAGUUUUUUUCUUUCCUGCCCCAGUAACAUCAGGAAUGGAUAUCAUGGAUGACUGUCACUUUUCUCCAUCCGAUCUAUUUUAUGAUAACUCCUGCCUUUCCUCGCCCGAGGAGGCAGACUUUGCAGAUGAUUUCGAUCAUAGGAUGGCUGUGUUCGGGGAUCACAAGGCACAGUCCCGUGGAACCGAUGAGGAGGAACACAUUCGAGCCCCCAGUGACCAUCACCAGCCUGGCCAUUGCCUGCUCUGGGCUUGCAAAGCUUGCAAACGCAAAAGCUCCACGACGGAUAGGAGAAAGGCGGCCACCAUGAGGGAGAGGAGAAGGCUCAAGAAGGUCAACCAGGCUUUCGAGACUCUAAAGAGGUGCACCAGCUCCAACCCCAACCAGAGGCUGCCUAAGGUGGAGAUCCUGAGAAACGCCAUCAGCUACAUUGAGAAUCUCCAAGAUGUGCUCAGGGAACAGGUAGCGAGUUAUUACAGACACCCGGACAACACCAGCUCCGAGCCAGCGAGCCCCACGUCUAACUGUUCGGACGGAAUGAUGGAGUGUAACAGCCCCGUCUGGUCCAGAAGGGGCAACAGUUUUGACAGUAUUUACUGCUCGGAAUUACAGAACGUUUGCCCCAGUAACCGGGGUCUUGGAGUUUCUAGUCUGGAUUACUUGUCCAAUAUAGUGGAGCGCAUCUCGCCCUCUGUGGAGUGCCGCACCCUACCAUGUCCAGAUGCAAGAAUAAUGUCCCCAUCCAUCAGUGACUCUUCUCAACCCACCACCCCCGCUCCAAACCAACCUGUCUACCACGUCCUCUGAAUCUUCAGCCAGCCAGGACUCCCCAACCAACGAUUCCCACCCACCCCAAGAUACCACAGCCAACCAUGUGACUGCAAAGCUUCAAAACAUAGCCUGUUUUCUUAAGUAGGACCACAUUUUUAUUGUAUAUUUGUAAAUAGCAUAAUAUUCAGUAGCCCUCAUCCAAAAUGAAUUGUAUUUAAUUGAAUAAAAUCAUGCUAGACUUUUAUAAA